GUUGUAAAACCCUUCACAUUUUAGGGUUUAACGUUCCCUCCCUCUCACCCACAGACAUGAUGAUGAAUACUAUCUUCUUCAGAGCUUCAUCUACCUCCACCAGAUUCGCUGCUCUUGCUUCCUGCAACUCGCUCAGGCUUCUUCUUCCUUCAUCGUCAAUAGCAAUUCCAAUCAAAUCUCAAAUUUUCAUCAAUCCCACUGUUGGGGUUUUAAGGAGCAAUUUCCACGCCUCUCGAUGGGUAGAUGUCAGGGCUUCCGCUGUCCUAACACAGGCUGCCGGAUUCGCUGCUACAGCCGAAAUUUCAUACGAGGAGGACACUUUAUCUUCAUCUUCUUCUUCUUCUUCUUCCUCUUCCGAUGGUCUUGAGAUAUCUAGCCUUGGGAUUCCUCAAGAGAUUGUUAAUGCUCUAGCCAAAAAGGGUAUAACCAAGCUCUUUCCCAUUCAGAGAGCUGUACUUGAGCCAGCAAUGCAAGGGCGUGAUAUGAUUGGGCGUGCCAGAACAGGAACUGGGAAAACUCUUGCUUUUGGUAUUCCUAUCAUGGAUAAGAUUACUCGUUUCAAUCAAAAGAAUGGAAAAGGGAGAAACCCACUAGCCAUUAUCCUGGCUCCCACCAGAGAACUAGCUCGCCAAGUAGAAAAAGAAUUCUACGAAGCUGCACCCAAUCUAGAUACGCUUUGUGUCUAUGGUGGAGUACCCAUUCAACGUCAGAUGAGCACCAUUGAUCAUGGUGUUGAUGUGAUAGUAGGCACUCCUGGACGUGUUAUCGAUCUGAUCAAGAGAGGUUCCUUGAAGCUAUCAGAAGUCAAAUUCGCUGUUCUCGAUGAAGCUGAUCAGAUGCUCAAUGUGGGUUUCGCAGAUGAUGUUGAAACAAUUCUAGAAUAUCUCCCACGAGAACGCCAAACCAUGAUGUUUUCAGCAACAAUGCCAAGUUGGAUUGUGAAACUCACCCGCAAGUUUCUCAAAAGUCCAUUAACUAUCGAUCUUGUUGGUGAUUCUGACCAAAAAUUAGCAGAUGGAAUCACAUUAUAUUCUAUUGUAGCAGAUAAUCGCGAUAAACCAUCAAUUAUUGGACCACUUAUAGCGGAGCAUGCAAAAGGGGGAAAGUGUAUACUUUUCACCCAAACAAAACGUGAUGCAGAUAGAUUAUCACAAGCAAUGCAAAGACACUUCACCUGUGAACCUCUUCAUGGAGAUAUUACUCAAAAUCAAAGAGAAAGAACACUCUCAGGCUUCAGAGAUGGGCGUUUCAAUGUUUUAGUAGCCACUGAUGUUGCUGCUCGUGGUCUUGAUGUGCCUAAUGUUGAUCUUGUGAUACAUUAUGAGCUUCCAUCUUCUUCAGAAGUGUUUGUUCAUAGGUCAGGUAGAACAGGGCGUGCUGGAAAGAAAGGAAGGGCGAUCUUAAUCCAUUCAGCUCAGCAGAUGAGAGAUGUGAAGGGAUAUGAACGUGAAGUAGGAUGCAGGUUUUCAGAGCUUCCUAGAAUCACUGUUGAUGCAAGCUCAAGAAUCGAGCUUGGUGGUGGUUCUAGCUCUUUUGGCGGUAGAUUUGGUGGUUCCGAUGGUUAUGGCGGCGGCGGUGGUGGUGGUGGUCGGGGUCGUUUUGGGUCAAGUGGUGGCGGCAGACCAUCUCGUGAUGUUGGUUUUGGCGGGUCAAGUUAUGGCGGCGGGUCAGGUGGCGGCUUUAGAGGGUCCAGCUCUGACCGUGGCGGUGACCGGUCAAGUGGUUUUGGCAACAUGCGAUUUCCAAUCUUGUUCCUAGGCAGGUGGGAGGAGGGUAUUAAAGACCAUUUACCAUUUUGUGUGGGAGGGAUGGCUUCAAUUUGGAAGGCUGGUGGUGGGGGAGGGUUUAGCUGACAUUAUCAUAACAAAAGAAAAGAUUGAUCUUAUUCUUUUUUAGUUAUUUUUUUUAUAUGUGUUAUGUAUAUGAAUCUUUCUGGCGGACUUUAUAAGUAAUUUUUUGUUUA